UAUCUCUGUUAUUGUGAAAGCGUGUAGAGGAAGUGAAGCAUCGGAUAAUUUGGUUACUUGACAGAUUGGUUCCUCCGUCAGACAACAGUCAUGGCGGAGUACAGCCAGGUUAGCCUCCUGGCUGCUUUACUCUUCUUCACUGCUCUCACUCUCCGGGAUAUUUACGUCGGCAGGUCGAACCCGAGCCACCGACAGCUGCAGACCGAUGGUCCCGGCAUCUCUCAGGACGGCCUGCCGGACACAGAGCCCGGGAGACCCGCCAAGGCCUCCAUGUACACCGGGCCUGUGCUCAAGUUCCGGUACUGCAUCUCCUGAGGUUACAGUAAAGUCUUCCAGGACUACUCUCGCGCCAUCAGCCAGGUGUACCCAGACAUCCGGAUAGAGGGAGAAAACCACCCCCCCACCCCUUUAAACAGGUUGCUUGGUAACCUGAUCUCUUACCUUAAACUGCUGUCCAUCCUCCUCAUCGUCAGCGGUCAGAACCCCUUCACCCUCCUGGGACUCGACACCCCCAGAGCUUGGACUUGGAGUCAGGAUAACAAGAUCUUUUCCUGUCUGAUGGCUUUCUUCCUCUGUAACAUGAUGGAGACUCACUUCCUGUCCACGGGAGCGUUCGAGGUCACUCUGAAUGAUGUUCCUGUCUGGUCGAAGCUGCAGUCCGGUUACGUCCCGAACAUCCAGGAGAUGUUUCAGAUCCUCGAGAACCACCUGAAGAUGAACCAGGUGGAUCACAUGACCUUCUCCUCCACUUAAACCUACAUUCACAGCUGUGCUGCGUUCAAGUGUUCGAGCUCAGUAGGAGUUUGAGCUGCUGGCAUUCAUGAAGGUCCGGUCUUAAAUCAGACUCUGUGGGACCGAACCAGAUUUCCUCGCCAGCAGACGAGACCUUCUGCAGCACCGGAUCACAACUCAGCUCUGUUCUCCGUGCUCUGAUCCUGGUCUCCACGCCCUGAUCCUGGUCUCCGCGUUCUGAUCCUGGUCGCCACGCCCUGAUCCUGGUCUCCACGCCCUGAUCCUGGUCUCCGCGUUCUGAUCCUGGUCUCCGCGCCCUGAUCCUGGUCUCCACGUUCCGAUCCUGGUCUCCGCGCUCCGAUCCUGGUCUCCGCGCACCGAUCCUGGUCUCCGCGCUCCGAUCCUGGUCUCCACUCUGAUCCUGGUCUCCAGACUUUGAAAACAACAAAUCUGAACAGAAAUAUUUUAUUAUAAAUUCAGAAGGUUCUGAGUUUAUUAAAUAUUCCUGAAAAAUGAAACAAAUUUUAAAUAACUGAUCAGCUGAUCGAUCAGCUGAUCGAUCAGCUGUGCAGGAUGAAUUCUUCUCAUGUUUCUUCCAUUAAGCUGAAUUCUGGCAGUUUUCUGUUCAUGACACUGAGAUGUAUCUUCGUCGUCCUCCUCAUCACUAAACCUCCUGAUCGAUGGAACCAGAACAUGUCCGGUGGAUCUAACGACCUCCGUCUUCUGGUGCUUCACCUGACUUCACCCUCUGUGAUGGAGGAAACCUGCUGCUUUUUCACUGGACCAGAACCGAGGUUCCAGCAUCAUCUCCGGUCCACCACUGCUCCUCUUCAGCUUCACUGGAACCUGGUUUUCUUCUGGUUGACGCUCCAGUUCCAGUCCACCUCUACGUUUCCCUUCUCCAACCUUCCCAGCUUGUUUGUUCCUGCUCCAGAUGUUAGACACAUCCGACAUGUUCUCCUCUCUGAGCUGGAUUAUUACCUGAAUGAUGUUUCCAUCUCAUCAGGUGUGCCUGCUAGAAAUGUUCACUACAAACACUUUCCAUCAAUAAAGUUAACUUUAUUUCCAUUUUCAGCUGUUCAUCAAACAUUAAAACGAACGAGUUUUCCUCGGCUUCCUGUGGCCGUCCUCACAGCUCCCGGGAUCUAACCCGAGUCUGGUGCAGUGAUCCGGUGGAGAACAGGGAACUGGUCGGUUGUGUAAUUCGUCUUUGAACCAAAACUGAUGUUAAUGUGAUUAGAUGAUUAAUCGUUGAUUUCAGAUGUGAUGUGACUUUAAGUAAAAUCUGAACUCAGAUGGAAUAAAGUUUUUAUUUGAUGAAA